AUGCUGAACAUCAUCUCGAGGGUCCUCCUCGUUUUCCUGGGCGCCUUGCUGCUCGCCGCUGCCACCUGGCACACCCUCACGCCAGACGACGACCCCUACCGGUGCCGUGCACUCCAAGAGACCGGCAACUGGAUCGACCCCAAGAACGAAAAGGGCGACAGGCUGCCCUUCAAGACGUGGCAGCCCGAGGGAUGUCUCCUGCACAAGUACACUUCGGCCGACAUUAGGCAGUGCAUGGAUGGUAGGCAUGUCAUAUUCGCCGGCGACUCGACAACGAGGCAGAUUGCCUAUGGCAUUGCGCGCCUGCUCGAGCGGGACGAGGCCGAAUAUGACCGCACCCACGUCGACUUCCAUUCCUCCUUCAAUUUGACCUACCACGGCGUCGACAUUCAGCAGCACUGGGUCCCCUUUCUCGAGGUCGACGGUCCUCCCUUCGCUGCUAGCCAGGGCAAGGACAAGGACGGCCACAUCAAGGGCGAGCACGAUAUCGAGCACUUUGUCGAGCAGCUCAACUUGAUGCGGGACGAGCUUGAGAAGAAGCCUGCGUCUAUCAAGGGCCAGAAGGGCCCUGCCUUUGCCAUGCUCGGCGUGGGCGCCUGGUUCUCCGGCGAUGACAAGGAGGGCGAAGCUCCCAACACGGUCAAAUACGAGGCUGCCAUCUCCAAUGUCUCCGAUAUUCUGGGCAGCCGCAAGGACUUCUGGAAGGCCCCCAUGGAUCCCAUCGACGGCAUCGGCAACCAGGUCUUCUUCGCGCCUCCUGCCGGCCCCUACUACACAGGCAAGGACCACAAGGAGGGCAAGGCCAAGGCCGCCACGAGGGUCACGGCCAUGCAGAAGUGGCUGCGCGAGACGGCUGACAAGUGGAACUUGCAGUUCGUCUGGUCCAUCCCGGGCCUCGUCGAGCACGACAAGGCCGCCUUUGUCGAUCCCACGCAGACUGGAUUCCACGUCAUUGAGAGCGUGGCCGAGAUCAAGGCCAACAUUCUGCUGAACCUCCGUUGCAACGCGCGCCUCGACCGCGUCAAGGGCUACCCCUACCAGCGCACCUGCUGCUCCGACUACGGCGGCAGCAAGCCCCUGACGCAGCUUGUGCUCGUGGGCUUCGGCAUGGUGUACCUUGUCGUCUGCAUUCUGGCCGAGACGUGGGACCUCAUCGCCCGCCGCAGCACCCCUCGUUACGCCGCCUUCAACAUGGAGACGGGCUCCUUCGUCAUGGCCCUGCUCAUGUGCUUUUUCGCCGACCGCACGCACAUUCUCGGCAAGGGAGCCAAGGUGUGGCACUAUGCCAACUUUGCCAUCAUGUGCGCGCCGUGCCUUGCCGUUGCCAUUGUCACCAUUCGCAAGUCCAAGCCGCCCCGUGCCAAGCCCGGGCAGCUCGUCGAGGCCGACCAGCCGUUUCUUUCGCGCGACCAGACGGACGAGUGGAAGGGCUGGAUGCAAUUCGUCAUUCUCGUCUACCACUGGACGGCCGCCGCGCGCUCGACGGGCAUCUACAUUUUCGUUCGCCUGCUCGUCGCUGCGUACCUCUUCCAGACCGGCUACGGACACACGACCUUCUUCCUCGUGAAGAAGGACUUCUCCUUCAAGCGCAUGGCGUCCGUCAUGCUGCGCCUCAACCUCUUGAGUGUGUCGCUCGCCUACUUUAUGAACACGGACUACAUGUUCUACUACUUUUCGCCGCUCGUCAGCUUCUGGUUCAUGGUCGUCUAUCUCACCAUGGCCGUCGGCCACAAGAGGUACAAUGAUGACAUCCAGCUCGUGCUCGCCAAGAUCUGCAUCUCGGCCGUCAUUGUCGCCGUUGUCGUGCUCGUCACACCCCUGACUAAGUGGACAUUUGGCUUCCUGCGCAUCUUCUUCAACAUCAAGUGGAGCCUCGAGGAAUGGGAGUACCGCGUCGCUCUCGACCUCUUCAUCGUCUACAUCGGCAUGCUUUCCGCCAUUGCGUACCUCAAGGUCAAGGAGGAGCUGAGGCUCGCGCUGCGGUGCUCCAUGGCCCUCGUUGGCCUCGUCGUCAUGGCGGGCUACGCCUACGCCUGCGGCACGACGCUUGCGUCGAUGGGCGAUUACCGCCUCUGGCACCCCUACCUCUCGUUCGUGCCCAUUCUGGCCUUCAUCGCCGUGCGCAACGUCUCGGCGCCCGUCCGCAACUACUACUCCAAGGGCAUGGCCUGGCUAGGCCAGUGCUCGCUCGAGACGUACACGCUCCAGUUCCACCUGUUCCUGGCCGCCGACACGCAGGGCGUGCUCCUCAUCAACCAGCUGCGCGGCGACGGCUCCAACUUUGACCGGUGGAAGUCUCUCCUCGUCAUCGUGCCCGUCUUCCUGUGGGUCAGCUCUCUGACGGCCAACGCCACGAACAAUCUCGUCAAGAUUAUCCUCUCCGAGUCCAAGCCCGAAGAGCACGCCCCGCGACCGCUGCCGCAGCAGGAGGAGAAGGAGCGUGCCGAGGACAGCGAUGACGAGGACGGCCCGUACAUGUACGAGCAGGGCACAGGCCUCCUCGGCCGCUCGCGCACCACCGUCUCCCGCUACUUCCAGGAGAUGCCGCCGCUGCGGUCGAUGCUCCGCACGCUCCAGGCGCGCAUCGUCUUCAUCCUCCUCGUCAUGUGGCUCUUCAACCUGCUGACGCCCGGUCCGAUAGGCGGGCCCGUGCCCGACGGGUUCACGCCCCAUCGCGUGGGCAGCGGCGACGCGACCAAGGCGUCUGCGCCCAAGGCGAGCGCCAGCGCGGCGUGA